GUCACAUUGUACAUUUAUAUUUUUGAUCAGAGAAUUUGAUGAGCAAACUCAUUUUUUUCUCAAUAUGUAAAAAAAUCAGUAAAUGUAAAUAAUAAAUACAAAAGCAAGCAAAUAGCUGAAACUCAUGUAUCCAGUACUCUCGAUUAAUAGUUAAAUAGUUUUAGUAUCUAAGCGACGCCUCUUGUUGUUGAGGUGUUCGUUACAGAAAACAAACAGGAACGACAGAACUAUGGCCAUGGGAAGAGAGAAAACAUUACCCAAAGGGAAAUGUAUAGAUGGGAAACAGAAAGAAAAAGCCUAUACUGACAGAAGUGGUUGGUGGAGAAACACUAUUAAGAACUAUCCCAUUCCAGGCAGUUACCACAUCCGAGACUUCAUAGAGGAGACAGAACUCAACCCGGUGCCGAGGACGUACAGCUUCAAAGGCCCCGCGCGAAACACCCUCAUGUGGACUGUGCGUCGAGGCGGGGAUCUGCUAUUGCCCGGGGCGUAUAACUUUACUGACUCAACCAAUGAGGCUCUGCGGCGCCAGGCAACUUACUCUUUCAAAAACUGCCCCAGACCUGACAACCACACUUUAGGCCUCAGGGAUAAGGAUAUUAAUCUCUCUCCUGGUCAUUAUGAUGUUACCGAGAAGCCUGUCCCCAAAUCACCCUGCAAACACGUGAUGUUCCGAUCAGCUGUACAAAGGGUCAGCUUUCUCCCGAAGGAGGGACCAGCACCUGGACAUUACAAUCCAAGGCCAAGCACGGGCAUUGCAAUCACUUCCUGCUUUAGGUCUACGGUACCACGGCUGUACAGUGUGCAUUCGGGAACUCCCGGACCAGGUGUGCAUGAGCCCACAUGGCACAGAGGUCAACGGCUCAGCACUAAGGGCAAAGUGGACUGGGCCUAUGACCUCCUUUUUCGCAACAUACCAUGAACUUUGCCCUCUCUUUUGUCUGAGUUUCCCACAAGUAUUCCUUCUAGUAAUAUUUCCCAUUCUUUUGAAAGCAGGGUGUUGCCAGCUGGUAUGCGACUGAUCUUGUUAAAAUGUGGUUGAAAUAAUGUCAGUUGUUGUUUUAACAUUGAAGUAAGUUAAAAACAACGUUUUAUGCUGAAUUUUUGUAAAAGGGUAAAGAAAAUAUGUAUACAUUUUAAUAAGAUUUGUAAGAUAUGACAUUGAAACAACAUUGUAAUAUUAACAUUGAUUCAAUUUAAAUAAAAAAUCUAUCUCUGCAAUCUCUGUUAUGUCAUGAACUGACUGUGUGGCUGCCCAUGUAUUGAACAAAUCUUUGUGAUGACUCUCACAUUCACAUAACUCAUUCAGCCUGAACAAAGAGAUCAUUGUCACACAAUAAAAUGUCUCAGUUACUAAUGUAACCCUCGUU